AUGACGGACAAUCAACCACCACCAGUGCCGGGAUCAAGCGCUUUUUCGUUCCAACAAGCGCUGGCCCAAAUCCUCCAGCAACAGCAACAACUGUUUUCAAAGUUGUCCGAACAGCUGGAUGCCACUAAGCGCUGUUUUAAGGAAUUGUCCCGUGAUGAUGUUGCCCUAGAAUCACUAGCGAGUAACAUCACAGAGUUCAACUACGAUCCAGACCAGGGUUGUACCUUCGAUGCCUGGUUCUGCCGUUACUCCGAGCUGUUCGACAAAGAUGCAGCGAAACUCGACGACGCUGCAAAAGUGCGGCUUUUAAUGAGGAAGCUAAGCCCCGCCGCGCAUGAGCGGUACACUUCGUUCGUCCUUCCAAAACUGUCGAAGGAGUUCAGCUUUGCGGAAACCACCGAAACGCUGAAAAAGCUAUUCGGAUCUCCUGUCUCCGUAUUUCAUCGGCGAUUCCAAUGCCUUCAAACGGCAAAAGAAGAUUCGGAGGACAUUUUGGCGUAUUCCUGUAAAGUGAACAGAAUGUGUGUGGAUUUUAAGUUAUCAGACAUCUCUGAAGAACAUUUUAAAUGUCUGAUAUUUGUUUGUGGACUCAAAUCGCCCAAAGACACUGACAUCCGGAUGCGCUUAAUAAAUAAAUUAAACGAAUCUGCUGAUGUGACGUUGGCGAAAAUUGUGGAAGAAAGCCGGAAUCUCAUGAACCUUAAAAGUGAUAAUGUGAUGGUCGAGAAACUCUCACAACCGGCAGUGAACUCAGUGAAUAAAAGUGAUAGCAAGUUUCCGAAACAACACCGAAAGUCAUCCAGUGAUUUCGGAAACAAAACUACCACCGAUCAACCGCGGAGUCCCUGCUGGGCAUGUGGAGGCAUGCACUUCGCGAAUGAGUGCCAUUUUCGGGAUCACCAGUGUCGUGAGUGCGGGAAAAAAGGCCACAGGGAAGGCUACUGUGCCUGCUUUCUCGGGAAAUCGGCUGGAAAACAAAAAAGUGCAAAACACAAGAAGUCAACGAAAGUGGUGUCGAUAAACGCAGUCAACCGCAGUAGGAAAUAUGCGGAGGUGUUGAUAAAUAAUGUCCCAGUUCGGCUGCAGGUCGACUCUGCUUCGGACAUAAGUGUAAUCACCGAGGCAUUGUGGAAGCAGAUCGGCAAACCUGCCGCCCACCCACCAUCAUGCCAGGCGAUAACAGCAUCGGGCGAUCCUCUACCGCUCGCUUCGGAAUUCUGGUGUGAUGUAAACAUAAACGGCACUUCCAAACGAGGUUUAUGUUACGUCGCUUCUCCGAAAGUGAACCUAUCCGUACUGGGCACCGAUUGGAUAGAGAUGUUUGGCUUGUGGGACGUCCCGUUUAACACGUUCUGCAAUCAAGUAACCAGCAGCAAAGAUCCAUCGUCCAAAAUCGUGGCAGAUCUGCAAUCUAAGUUCUCCGAAGUGUUCACCAGUCGUAUGGGUCUGUGCACCAAGACCAAAGUGCAGUUGUCACUCCGUGGAAAUCCGAAACCAGUGUUCCGUGGUAAACGCCCCGUAUCCUACAGCAUGGAAGGUGUUGUUGAGGAUGAAAUCCAGCGCUUAGUCAAUCUCGGCGUCCUGCAGCCGGUCGAUUUUUCGGACUGGGCCGCGCCGAUUGUGGUCGUCCGCAAACCAAACGGUACCGUUCGCAUCUGUGCCGACUUCUCCACAGGACUCAACAGUGUGCUGGAAGCAAAUCAAAAUCCACUUCCUUUGCCAGAGGAUAUAUUCACCAGCAUGUCCGGUUGUCGAUUUUUCACUCACAUCGACCUCUCGGACGCCUAUCUUCAAGUCCAGGUGGACGAAAAUAGCCAGCAUCUCCUCACCAUAAACACCCACAAAGGGUUGUUCCGCUUCACACGACUUUCUCCGGGUAUCAAAUCUGCCCCGGGAGCAUUCCAGCAGAUAGUCGAUGCCAUGCUAAGCGGAUUUCAGUGCACUCGUGGCUACUUGGAUGAUCUUCUGGUUGGAGGAAAAUCGGAGGACGAACUGAACCGGAACGUACACCAGGUUCUAAGCCGACUCCAGGACUACGGUUUCACGGUUCGCAUUGAAAAGUGCCGGUUCAAUAUGCGACAAAUCAAAUAUCUGGGACAGAUCCUCGACACCGAUGGUAUUCGGCCCGACCCGGAUAAGGUUUCCGCCAUUGCAGCAAUGCCAGCACCGCACGACGUACCGACACUCCGCUCAUACCUGGGGGCGGUAAAUUAUUACUCCAAGUACAUCCCCGAAAUGCGCCAGCUGAGAUUUCCCAUGGACCAACUUCUGAAAACAGGAGUCAAGUGGGAGUGGAGUGGCGCGUGUCAACAAGCGUUCGACCGAUUUAAAAAGCUUCUACAAUCGCCGCUCGCUCUCACCCACUACGACCCGAAGCAGGAAAUAAUAGUCUAG